UAAACACACGAGAUAUUGUUCAACGUAUUAACGGACGAAACUAAAUUGUUUUCAUGCGAAACGAAUUAAACGAUUUACACGCGACCUAUCCAAGAUUGCGGUUCUCAUUAGCAACAUUCGUCAUUCUCGAUGCGUUUUGCGAACGCGAUUAACAGGUUAUUUGUUGCAGCACAAACAGAUCAGUGUGUCAUGGUGCGUACCGCUUUUGUAUAUAAGAGAGGAUCAAGGUAUCAGGGAUCAGCAGACAAAAACUGGACUUCGGUUACGUUCGAGCUUCCCCAUUCGUUCGAAAGCGAGAACAUGAUGAGGAGUGUGGCGUCUGUCGUUUGCAUCGUCUUCCUAGUUUUGACUAUCGUCGUCGCGAAACCGGUUCCUCAGCGAAGCAACGAUGGCAUAGUGGUCGCACCGAAAAAUACUCUGUACUAUCCAUACGCGUUUUGGUUCGUCAGACCAUACUACGACCAAGAUGACAUCGAUGUUGGCAGUUUCCAGUUAGAACGAAGAUCAUCUACCAUAUCGUACGCCAACGUUGGGGCCGGUUGGGGUCGUUAAAUUCGACGCUUCUUCGAUUUAUAACCAUCGGUUUCGAUGACAUGGUCGGCAUCAUAAAUUUAUAUUUAAUCGCGUUAAAUUAAUUAUAUAUAAUUGAUAACUUAUCAGAUUGUCGACGAGAACGAUGGAACUGACACCGUAAAUUAAUAAUUAAGUUAGUAAACAGGUACAAAAUAGUUUUACAUAUAUUUUCAUAUUGCUAUAGUAUAGAUUUAAUCAACGUCAAUGCUGAUCGCGAAUUCUUAAUUGAAAAACAAUUAAACGAAC